AUUUUCUUCUCCUUCAGUCCACACAGUCCAGGUCUUCCUGCAGUCAAAUUCAGUCAAAUCAGGCGGGGGUGUAUUCAAGGGGGCUGGGCCAGAAGUAAUGCAGGAAGUGAUUUGGUACAUUUUGUCUCCUCAACAAAUUCUCUUCCUUUCUUUCUCGAAACUCUGCAGGGUUCUCCAUCUUCAACAGCAGCAAGAAUGCUCCCAUUCCAGGCCGCUCCAGGACAGUUUGGGGAUGAGAUCAGACAGCCGGGACUGAGAUGUUGGCGAGUGGAGAAGAUGAAGGCUGUUCCUCUGGCCCAAGCUGAGGUGGGGGCUUUCUUCAACGGUGACUCCUACCUUGUGCUGGAUAACCGGGGUGAACAGGGAGCAGACCUCCACAUGUGGAUCGGAGAGAAAUCAUCUCGUGAUGAGCAGGUAGCUUGUGCCAUGUUGGCUACACAGCUGGAUAACUUCCUGGGUGGAGAUCCGGUCCAGCACAGGCAAGUUCAAGGCUACGAGUCCCCAGAGUUCAUGAACCUCUUCCCCCGAGGUGUCAGCUAUAAGGAGGGAGGUGUGGAGUCUGGCUUCAGAAAAUCACAGUCCGGAUCUGGACCCGUUCAGAGGUUAUACCAAAUCAAAGGGAAGCGUAACAUAAGAGCCAAAGAAGUGGAUUUGAGCUGGCAGAGCUUUAACAAAGGAGACUGCUUUAUACUUGACCUGGGCGAGACGAUUGUGUCAUGGAUAGGAUCUCAGGCAAACAUCUUUGAGAAGCAGAAGGUGAGGGAGAUCGCCACUCUGAUCAGAGACACAGACAGACACGGCAAAGCCCAGAUCACUAACAUCAAUGAGGGAGAAGAGACGCAGGAAAUGCUACAGAUACUUGGUGCAAUGCCAGAGCUGAAAGAAAGCACUCCAGAGGAGGACAGCCAAGCAGAUGCAUCCAAUUCUGCCUCCCUCUACAAGGUUUCAGAUGCAACAGGGUCGAUGAAGUUGACCAAGGUGUCAGAGAAAAGUCCAUUUGCCAAGGACUUGUUGGUACGUGAGGACUGCUUUAUCCUGGACAAUGGGGCCAAUGGAAAAAUCUUUGUUUGGAAAGGAAGUGGAGCCAAUGCAGAAGAGAAGAGGGCUGCUCUGAAAAUGGCAGAUGACUUCAUUCAGCAAAUGAAUUACCCCAAGAUGAAAACACAGGUGGAGAUUUUACCACAGGGCAGAGAGACCGUUAUCUUCAAACAGUUCUUCCAAAACUGGAAUUAAACCGCAUCUCACUGCAUGAUGAUCGGAGAAUAAACUGCACUCAACCAGCUGUCAAAAGACUGUCAUUUACUUCAAGCUGCUACAUUAUAAACAAAUGUACAGUUUUAUUAAAUAAGAUCAGCUUUUAUUCAUGGAGGGUUGCAGUAAUAAUGCAUGUGAGUGAGAGAGGCUUUACUAUUUGUCUGUUACCAUAUUUUUAUGAUUUUAAAAGGUGUUUAUAUUGAUUAAAACAAAUUUUGAAGAACUUGUAAUUAUUUCCCCCUAAUUUUAUUUAGAAAUUAAAACUAUGUUGCAACCUUGAUAACCACAAAACCCAUAGCACUUAUACUUAAAAACAGAAUAAUGCUACUAACCAUUUUUCAAGCCAACGCGCAAUUUCACAAGACUGCUUUUUUCUUUAUUUCUUCUUUUUUUUACUCAUUUUGUGUAUGUAAUUGGAGCAUGGCAAUAAAAAGCAUAUGCAAAAAC